GCUCCUCCUGCAUCAACUACAUCCAGUUCAUAGUGCGCAUUCCUUGUGGGUAUUGUUGAUUUCUCCAAGGAGGCUUCCCUCCCUUUACGUGACCCCGGAUGACGUCGCUCAGAAUUGAAUGGUAGAAGCGGGUCCUUCAGCUGCAGGAAAACGCGUGAAAGUUUACCUUUUAAAAUAAAUACAGCAGCGAUGCACUUUCAACUAAAACAUCUACUGCGCCUCAACCGCUGCGUGUCCGUUCAGCGCAAGAGGACACUCGGGAAGACUCUGUGGGCUGUGUCCGCAGCAAAACAACGUGGCGUAAGACAAGCAGGAUCGCAUGCGUCUGCAGACAUCGGGAAGUAUUUCGCCCUGCAGUGCAGCAGAAGCUAUGCGUCCGACACGGCGUACGACCGAGCCUUCGCCACAGCCAGGGACAAGCCCGAGGCAUUCUGGGGAGAGGUGGGACAGGAUAUCAACUGGUUUGAACCGUGGAGUAAAACUUUGCACGUUGAGGAUCCAGUGUUUCCCAACUGGUUUGUUGGAGGGAAGUUGAACAUGUGCUACAAUGCUGUGGAUCGUCAUGUAGAGAGUGGCCGUGGAGAGCAGCCUGCCAUCAUUUAUGACAGCCCAGUGACUGGAACUAAACAGAUCAUCACUUUCAGGGAACUUCAGGACCAGGUGUCCAGGUUAGCAGGCGUUUUAGUGAAGUAUGGGGUACGGAAAGGAGACCUGGUAGUCAUCUACAUGCCUAUGGUGCCACAAGCCAUGUUCACCAUGUUGGCCUGUGCCCGGAUCGGUGCCCCCCACAGUCUUAUCUUUGGCGGCUUUGCUUCCAAAGAGCUUUCUGUCCGCAUUGAUCACGCCAAGCCCAAGCUGAUGGUUACAGCCUCAUUUGGCAUCGAGCCAGGCAGAAGAGUGGAGUACAUUCCUCUGGUGAAGAAGGCCUUGGAGCUGAGCUCUUACAGGCCCUCUAAAGUCCUCAUCUACAACAGGCCUAACAUGGAAAAAGUACCAAUGAGUCCGGAGUUGGGUCUGGACUGGGAGAAAGAGAUGGCCACAGCUCGGCCGCAUGACUGUGUUUCUGUUCCCUCCAACCACCCUCUCUACGUCCUCUAUACAUCCGGCACUACUGGAACACCAAAGGGUGUUGUGCGAGACACUGCAGGCUAUGCUGUGAUGCUGAAAUGGACCAUGUCAAAUAUUUAUGGACUCAGUCCUGGAGAUGUUUGGUGGGCAGCGUCAGACCUGGGCUGGGUGGUCGGCCAUUCAUACAUCUGCUAUGGUCCUCUGCUCCAUGGUAACAGCACUGUUCUCUAUGAGGGUAAACCUGUGGGGACUCCAGACCCUGGGGCGUUCUUCCGUGUCCUAUCUGAACACGGCGCCACCUCCUUGUUCACAGCACCCACCGCCAUCCGAGCCAUUCGCCAGCAGGACCCCCAUUCUGCAGUUGGGAAAAAAUACCCCCUGUCCAGGUUGCGGUCAUUAUUUCUGGCAGGAGAGCGAUGUGAUGUGGAGACGCUGGAAUGGGCAAAGAGGAGCUUUGGGGUUCCUGUCCUGGAUCACUGGUGGCAGACUGAAACUGGCUCACCCAUCACCUCCUCCUGUAUCGGUCUGGGGAACUCGCUCACGCCACCUGCAGGUCAGGCUGGCAAACCUGUUCCAGGUUACAACGUCACAGUGAUCGAUGAUGACAUGCAGGAGGUGAAGCCAAGAACUCUGGGAAAUAUUGUGGUGAGACUACCUUUACCACCUGGUGCAGCUUUGUCACUGUGGCAGAACCACAAUCUGUUCAAUAAGCUCUACUUCACCAAGUUCCCAGGUUACUAUGACACUAUGGAUGCAGGUUUUGUGGAUGAGGAGGGUUUUCUUUACAUCAUGUCCCGGUCUGAUGAUGUCAUCAAUGUGGCAGGCCACAGGCUCUCAGCUGGAGCGUUGGAGGAGUCAGUGCUGCUGCACCCUGCAGUGGGAGACUGUGCUGUGGUGGGUCUAGAAGACACUCUGAAGGGUCUUGUUCCAUUAGCCCUGUGUGUACUCAAGAAUGGUGUGCAGAAAAAUGAAGAAGAGAUCAUAAAUGAGACGGUGAAGCUUGUAAGAGACACCAUCGGGCCCGUGGCUGCCUUUAGGAAAGUGAUUUUUGUCCGAGGAUUGCCGAAGACGCGCUCUGGCAAAAUCCCUCGCUCCGCUUUAGCCAACCUGGUCAACGGGAAGCCCUACAAGAUCACUCCAACCAUCGAGGAUCCAGAAGUCUUCAAAGACAUCGAAAGGCAGGUAGAAAAAGCUCUGAGCACUCGCUGAGCCUGAACUCACUCCAGGUGCUGCACAUGUAAACUAAAAUGUGUGAUCCUUCUUAUAAGUCAAGUUGAAGGUAGACCUUGACGUCAGAAAGUUUUACAGAGCUAAUUUCCAUUUGUAUGUAACCUGAAACUAUACUGCACAGUCAUUAAUGAGCAGAGGCAAGGUACGGCUGCUAUAAGUAUAAAAUAAUGUCCUUGAGCCAUAAUCAUGUUGAAUGGAGAAAUAAUGAAGAAAACUCAUUUACUGACAGUUUUUUUUUUAUCGACAAUGAAAAUUUGCUUGCUCACCACUUAGUUUUGACCGAAGUACAAGAAGUAAUAAAUAAAAAAAAUGGACACAAAAUAAAAUGAUUCAUUGUUCGUGCAAAUUGAAGAUGUAAAAACAAAUUAAAAAGGGUAAGACUUGAGUCGUCCAUCAGAAAUAAGUAAAAGACAGAUAACAGGGCUGUACAAUAGGUUACCCUGGAAACUCUGACAGAAACAAAGAGUUAACAGUUACACUCAUCUAAGUCACAGCAAGCAACAGGUUUGUCAUUAAAUGUCACCUCACUUCAACAUGGUCACAUACACUCUACGCACACUAUGAGCUAAAGCAGUCUGUCUUUUAGUUAUUUCCUUUUGUUAAAGUAGUGUCUGAGGGGUGGGGGAGAAGGCCAGCUUGGCUGAGUGUGUAGUUGUCCUUUGUGUUAAUGUAUCGCCUGACAAAACAUACAGUACAACAAGUGACAGGUUCUGUGAAUGACGUUCUACUUUUUUGUUCUCCGAGAAGAGGUUUUUGUGCAACUUCGGAGAGCAAUGGCGCCUCUUGUUUUGUCCUUGGCUACUAAAUAGUCUGUUGAGUUGAUGCGGUUGUAUCAAAGUGCUUGUCAUGUCGUUCCAGUGCAUCGACAUGUCCUCUUAAAAUGCUCCUUUAGGACAGCGAGUCCAUAAGAAAGGAAGUUUGUUUUUGCCAGAAAUGGGGCUCAGAGUGAUUUUUGUACACCACUAGAGGGCAGGUUUUCACACCACAUCCAGUGUCUUUCUCUCGAUGGUGCAGCACAGGUUCAUCGUCAUCAGCACAAUGAAAAAAUAAAACCAUAUGUACAAAAUGAUCUAGAGAGGACAGGGUAAUAUGGAGACAGUUUUAAGAGCAGCAUAUAUUAAUCUAUGGUCCACUAAAUGAGGUGGCAGGGAUGUUUUUUGCACAAACUCUGAAUAUCUUUUUUUUUU